AUGGAAGAUAGAUUAUCUCAAUUAACUGAAGAAUUUAAGAAAAUUUAUCAAGAAAAUGAAUUUAAUGAAAUCAAGAUAGACCGAAUUAAAACACAAUUAACAAAUCUAACAAAAGAACUUGACCAAUUUCGAAAUGUGAGAAUUAAGAAAGAGAACACAUCGUUUAUUGAAAAAUUUUCAGUUGUUGUUUCAUCCGAAACUUAUCAAGAAAAGAAAGUAAAUCAAAUAGAUUUGAACAAAAAUCAAACGAAGUUAACAGAAGACUUUAAUCGAUCUUCAAACACUUCAAAUCCGAUUGAUUCUUCACCUUUAGUAGACAUAAAUUCCAUCCAUUUAUCAUCUGUACAUGAUACUGGUAGCAGGACUGAUCAAACGCAUCAAGAAUUUGUUGAUCUACAAGAUGAACUUUAUGGAACUGAUAAUGAACGCCAUGCUACUUUUAGUUCAGAUUUUGAGAAUGGUAGUAUUGAUUUGUUGUCGUCGAACAAUGACGGUACUUCAUCAACAUCUGUCAGAUUUCGUAACGCAACAAAUCAACAUGCACAUGAUGACAACAAGGACACAAGAGCAAGUGGUAAGUCAACAAUCUGUACUGACAUUAAUACUAAUGAUAGAAUGCCUCAAGGUGGUCAAGUCGUACGUAGAAGGCGAAUUAAUGCAGCUGCUCAUCAUACGCGAGGUAAAAAUUAUAGUUCUGAUGAAUUUAAUUCUGGUAGUCGUAGGCUUCAUUCAGAGUGUGACAACAUUUGUAGUGGGUUUAAUUUAAACAUUGUCGAUUGCACUACUGAUUCGGCGAUGUCGCCAAAUGAUAGCAAAUCAUCAAUGUUUGACAAGCCAUCCCAUCGGAUAGAUCAAUAUGAAGGUUAUGACUACAAUGAAAAAGCAAGUUUUAGUGGUUCGAAAAGUGAUGUAGCAAGUCAAAACAGUAAUAUUAAUGAUUCUGACGAGUUUCGUAAUUCAUCAACACGUGCUAGUUUCAAUAUGAGUGGCCGCAUGCAUCGAGGUCGUCGAGGUCUAUACAGAGAACAACGUAGAUCAGCUGUUCGUGAUAAUCCUGGUGCUGGUCGUGGCAGCGCUAGCAGAAAUUGUUUCAACUGUAAUAAACCCGGUCAUUUUCGUCGUGAGUGCCCUGAAGAAAGAAAACUUCGUGAUAAUGGUGGCGAUGGCAAAGUCAAACCAAUUGAAUUAAAUGAAGAAACUAAUGUUGACACACAAGUUCUAUCAAAUACUCGUUUUGCUCACUUUGAAGAUCUAAUAGCUAUUCAAUGUUAUAUACUACCUUGUAUUCAAACUGGAUCUGAUAAAUCAGAAAUUUUAUUUUUUUUUAACGACUGUUCAUUCUUAAUCAAACGAUUAUUUAGGCUGUUUAUUUUACCAAUUAUUUCAACUUUACUUCAAUGUCAUGCCGAUGAAUUAUCUAAUCGAAAACAUCCACCAUCACCACUUUGCCUUAUUAUAUCAUCUACAUGUGAACGUGCUUUACAAAUAGAAUGUGAAGCAAGGAAACUCGCAUGUCGAACUGCUGUAGUACCAUAUGAGUUACUUCAUAAAUGCACAGCGAGAAAAUGUUCUGCAGCUAAUGGCCAUAAUAUGUUUACUGUAUCGGAUCAUCUUCAAGAAAGCUAUGAAGCUGAUCGAAUGUUAGAUACAGGUUUGGAACCUGAUAUACGCAGAUUAGAAAGUCUUGGUUUAUCAUCAAAAGAAGAACGUAUUACAUGGACAUUUUCCGCAACAUUUUCUAAUGAAUUACAACAAUUAUUUACAAAUGGAAAAUAUUCAAUACUUGCUGUAACAUUCGUUAUUGCUCGUGGUUUAGAUUUUCCUCUAAUUGAUUUGGUUGUUAAUUAUGAUUUACUGAAUACAAAUGAUUUUUAUAUUCAUCGUCGUGCUGAUCAUUUGAAUAAAUCCAUAUUACUUUUUGAUCCAGGUCGAGAGUCUGAUCGAAAAACUGCUCCUGAACUUAUACUAAAAUUAAGCCGAGUUGGUCAAGUAAUACCAGCAUUUCUUAAAAAAUUUGGUGAUGUUGGCAAUAUUAAAUUUUAUCAUGAUGACCGUAAUUAG